AGUUACUGUCUUGAAAUUUAUUCAUUUCUUACAGAGUUACUAAUAUAAGCCCUAGACGUUUUCGAUCGUUUUUAGGCAUUCACAAAGUACGUGCUUCGUCUUCGUGUUCACCAGGUGUUCCCCGCACGUAAGAUGUCACCCGAGCAACACUCGCGGGGCUGGGGGAUGAGGGUAGCCCUCUUGCUGGUCCUAGUCACCCUCAACGUGAACGCGCGGCCCCCCAGCGCCCGUAUCCUGCCCAGGAUCCCACUCGAUGCAGAAGGAGGCUGGACUUCUUACGAAGGAUCAGCCGAUAGCAUCCCUGGCUGGACUGUCAUCGGUGCUCCAGAUCCUACCGAGCUCGCAGGAAAGUUGCUACGCAAACUGGCUCGUUCAGACUCUUCUAAACCAGACAUGGCAUCCAGCAUUCAAGAUAGCGAAGACAUGAUAUCUUCGAAAACAACAACCAAGUCAUCACAAGACGAUCUCCUGAAUCUGAAGAAAGUCCAUCUUUCUAAAAUUUUCGAGCGUCUACCAGAAACAGAAACUUUGUCUUCCGGCUUCACUUACGGCGUCGCUGACGACACUGAGCUUUACCACGCUGCUCAGAUGGACGGGUAUAUGAAAGAGCUCACUAACAUGCUUAAGGAUCUGACCUCAGUGCCUCAAGAUUCUCCUGUAACUACAGGAAUUUUGGUGCCAGACUUGCCUUCUGCAGCCGAGAACUUAACGAUAUAUGUCCACGCAACGACACCGCCCCCGGGGGAUGACCCCACCGAGGCUCCCUCCACUGAAGGCGAGGACUUGUGGUUUGGAUCGUCUGGGGGAUCUUCGUUGGGUAUCACAGAUGCUGCUCAAUUCACCACAGCACAGCAGCAGACGACAACAACGCUCAGCCCUACGCUACCAACACAAAGAACAAAUAAUAUAACACCAACUGAAAAUAAUAACAGCACAACAGAGUCAAUGUCAACACAAAACCCAGUGCGAACCAAUGAACUAAACACCAUCGUGAACAACGGCAACACCACGACGACAACAUCAACAGAAAACCCAGUACGAACUAAUGACUCUACCGCUACCGAUGACAAUGAGGAAGUUUUAGCUCCAUACAUUGCUUUCAAUAUCUGGUCAUACGACAAUGGCGAACUGAAACUGUCAGCAGUGAAGAAGGUUCUAGCUUCAGAAGUCCUCGGAAUGGAGUUCUACUCGAAAAUAACUGAAAACCCGAAUAAUACGACCUUUCUACUCUCGGACUCGCUCGUCUUCAGCGGUCAGGGACCUCAAACUUCUACUGCUCUUCCCAUUACUACUGAAAUUGACAACGAAUCUCCAACUCCAUCGGUUCAGAACAGUACGACCUUUAUGGAUGCGCUAGCGGCAUCAGUUGGGGAGCUUGGACUAUCAUCAGCGGACCGAGAACUCCUGGAGCAUUUGCUCAACUCAGCCAACACCAUCCCGCAAACAUUUCAGGCUCCUAUAAAUAAUCUUUUCGAUUUUGUUUCCUACAUCGUAGAUGGGUCGCCUGCAACCGAUGUUUCAACCCAAUUUAAUUCUGAAAUGACAUCACCGGACCUUACGGCUGCUCGACCAGUUAUUUCCACUGAAGAACUUGCGAUUAUGCCACCCAAAGUUGAAAACCUAACAACAAUCGUCGAAAAAGUCGUCUCAACUGAAAGUAGUCCUGUCGAAACAUUAUCAAACGUAGUUAUCUCUCCCGAGGGUGUGCAAAUCUUCAACGAAACCCAAGGUCUUCCUGAAGAAGCAGCUGUAGCACAAUUUAUCUCUCAUCUCGACGAGAAGCCGCUGAUUUUAAACAUCAAUCAGUCAAAUUUGACACAAGUCAUGAAAAUUUCUCUCUUGAGUGAUGACGGAGUUCCUAUCGAUUCUUCUCUCUUGCAAAAUGCCAAUUUGAUAUCUAUUAUCAGCAACAAACCAACGAUUGUCAAUAACAACAUUUACCAAAUCCUGCAGUCAGAAUCACAACAGACGAUUCCAAUCCUUCGUGACAGCUCGUCAACUUCACGGCCUGUGAUAAAUACAUCAACCAUCUUCAUCCAAGCAACAACAAAUGACCCAAUCGCUCCAACAACACCUCUUCCACCGACAUCUCCGACGUCUCAGGAUAAGAAAAAAGUCCCAUCAUUGACGCCUGAAGAGCAGCUGUUCUUGGAAUUGGAGAAAAUCACUUCUUUCAACAAAAUUUUAAACGGUGGCCUUGACAUUAACACCUUAAGCGAUCUCAGUGCUCUCGAAACUCUAGCGCUGAAGGGCAUUUUAGAUUCAAAACCUGAGCUUCUAAACGUGGCUAAAAAAAGCAGCUCGAUUUCAUCAAAAGUGCCUGUUGUCGUGGAUGGUCAAGAAGCGGACGAAGAAUGGAACGAUCUUCCAGACCCUGCGUCAAAUGUCCAUACCCUGCAGCUUGACGUGCUGCCUCUAGACGUCAAUGGCGAUUCUACAGUAAGUCAGCGUCCGUUUGAGAAGAAUGCUGAUUUGAUGGUUCUAGAAAGCUUACUAAGGGAAAGAAAGUUACCAAAAAUGGUGGAAAGAGAAAUUUUGAAAGAUAUUACUGAAGGAAAAACUAUUUCCGAUGCAAUUCUACAGAAUAUCGAUAAAUACUGGAAGGAGAUCUCAGAGCAUCUGAAAGAAGCUUCACCUCUAGACGAUGACCUGAGUCCUCUGGCAGUGAUAGAAGAUUUAGAAAAGAAACUAACUAAAGAAAACGGAACCAAGGUUUCGCCGAACGAAACAACGACAUCUCAUACUUUUGUGACUAGGGUAAACGUGGCAAGUCCUCUGGCUGAUUCCAAGCUACCAGCAAAGUCUGAGAACCUCCAGAACUGUUUCCAGGACCGCGUUUGUACCUUCGCGUUCUCGAUCGCUUUAGCUGCUGGAACUACCGGAGCCCUCUCAGUACCAUUCCUCACCCCGGUCCUUGGAAGGAGCUUACAUUCCUCCGUUUCCCUGACAGCAUCCGAGGUCCCCAACGAGCUCAUGUCUGUCGAAGAAGCUCGUCAAAUUAUUGCCGCUGUCACAAAAUAUUCUCAAAGGAACGGUAAAACUUUGCGCGGUGACCAUGUCAACCUGAGGAGGUACAUGAGUCCAUUUGUUAGUUAUCUUGGUCAUAAAAUGUUCCCCGCGAUGUUUGGGGGCAUCCCUGACAAAUAAAUUGAAAAUAUAGUCAUGUUGACUAUUAUAUUUAUACUUAACUGACUUUUAUUCUAGUAUAUACAUUGAAAUAUUGGUGUACCAUCAUCAGUAAUAUCUCGAUAAAUUUGCUCAAAAUUUGGUGUUGGCUCUAUAAUAAAUGAGCAUGGUCAUUUGUUCGUAUGAUGGUGUUCAAUUAUUUAUUUCAUUUUUAAUUCUUAUUACAAUACUAAUAUACAAUUUUAAUAUUUUCUGUGUGGUUAUUCAACAUUGAUAUGUUUUUUAUCUUCAUGCAGAUUUUAUCUUCUGUUACUAGAUGUGUAAGAUGUUGCCUCUGGAUAACAAUGUGAUUUGGAUAACAUUA